CUCGGCGUCCCCGCAUCCCCGCCCUCCCUCCGCGCCCCUCACCCCGGUCCCCGGCUCGCCCCGCUCUGCUUCGGCGCCGCCGCGAUCCCGGGCGAUGCCCCGCUACGAGUUGGCUUUGAUUCUGAAAGCCAUGCGGCGGGGUUGGUACAGUAGGCUUCACUAGACUUAGCUGCAACUCAGAAUUUCUCCUCCAGCACCUGAGUAAAUGCUGAUGGUCUUGUGGAGAGUGGAUUAAGAGGACAAGCUAAGUUCUCAAUCCAAUUGAGAAGCGGAGGAAAUUUAAACUGUCUCCUUCCAAGUUUAUCACAGCCACCACCAUCAAGACAGCAAACCAAAGGACAAAGACUUUGAACUGCUGUGUUGCUCUGUGUAGUCCAGUUCACGUAUGGUUUACAGACUUGACUGGGGUUACUAAUAAGUAAAUAAAAGCUGGACGCUUCUGUCAUUCGGACAUUUUAUUCACAAAUUGCCAGAAUGAGGGCUGUACUGGAGACAGCAGACAUUGCCAUAGUGGCCCUGUAUUUUAUCCUGGUCAUGUGCAUUGGUUUUUUUGCCAUGUGGAAAUCUAAUAGAAGCACUGUGAGUGGAUACUUCCUGGCCGGGCGCUCUAUGACCUGGGUGGCCAUUGGUGCCUCUCUGUUUGUGAGCAAUAUUGGGAGUGAACACUUCAUUGGGCUGGCAGGAUCUGGAGCAGCAAGUGGAUUUGCAGUGGCCGCAUGGGAAUUCAAUGCCUUACUGCUCUUGCAACUUCUGGGAUGGGUUUUCAUCCCUAUUUACAUACGGUCAGGGGUAUAUACCAUGCCUGAAUACUUGUCCAAGAGAUUCGGUGGCCAUAGGAUUCAGGUCUAUUUUGCAGCCCUGUCUCUGCUUCUCUAUAUCUUCACCAAACUCUCAGUGGAUCUGUAUUCAGGCGCACUCUUUAUCCAAGAGUCCUUGGGCUGGAACCUCUAUGUGUCUGUCAUCCUGCUCAUUGGCAUGACUGCCCUGCUGACUGUCACCGGAGGCCUUGUUGCGGUGAUCUACACAGACACGCUGCAGGCUCUGCUCAUGAUCGUUGGGGCGCUCACGCUUAUGGUUAUUAGCAUGAUGAAGGUCGGAGGGUUUGAGGAGGUUAAGAGAAGGUACAUGUUGGCCUCGCCCAAUGUUACUUCUAUUCUGCUGACACACAACCUUUCCAGCACAAAUUCCUGUAACGUCCACCCGAAGCCGAAUGCCCUAAAAAUGUUGCGAGGUCCGAAAGACGAAGACGUUCCGUGGCCUGGAUUCAUUCUUGGGCAGACCCCAGCCUCAGUGUGGUACUGGUGUGCUGACCAAGUCAUUGUGCAGAGGGUUCUGGCAGCCAAAAACAUUGCUCAUGCCAAGGGCUCCACUCUAAUGGCGGGCUUCUUGAAGCUUCUACCAAUGUUUAUCAUAGUCGUGCCGGGAAUGAUUUCCAGGAUUCUGUUUGUUGAUGACAUAGCUUGCAUCAACCCAGAGCACUGCAUGCAAGUGUGUGGCAGCAGAGCCGGCUGCUCCAAUAUCGCUUACCCACGCCUGGUGAUGAUGUUGGUUCCUGUGGGCCUCCGGGGCUUGAUGAUGGCAGUGAUGAUCGCAGCUCUGAUGAGUGACUUGGACUCCAUCUUUAACAGUGCCAGUACCAUAUUUACCCUUGAUGUGUACAAACUUGUCCGCAAGAGUGCAAGCUCCCGGGAGCUAAUGAUUGUGGGCAGGAUAUUUGUGGCUUUUAUGGUUGUCAUCAGCAUAGCGUGGGUGCCAAUUAUUGUGGAGAUGCAAGGAGGCCAGAUGUACCUGUACAUCCAGGAGGUGGCGGAUUACCUGACCCCUCCAGUGGCGGCCCUCUUCCUUCUGGCGAUUUUCUGGAAACGCUGCAAUGAGCAAGGGGCUUUCUAUGGUGGAAUGGCAGGCUUUGUUCUUGGAGCUGUCCGUUUGAUACUGGCUUUCACCUACCGUGCUCCUGAGUGUGACCAGCCAGAUAACAGGCCAGGCUUCAUCAAAGACGUCCAUUACAUGUAUGUGGCUACAGCACUGUUUUGGAUCACAGGACUAAUCACUGUAAUUGUUAGUCUCCUCACACCACCUCCCACGAAGGACCAGAUCCGUGCUACCACCUUCUGGUCAAAGAAGACCCUGAUGACAAAGGAGAGCUGCUCUCAGAAAGACGAACCGUAUAAAAUGCAAGAGAAGAACAUUCUGCGAUGUGACGACAACAGCGAAGUCAUCGACCACGCCAUUCCCAACGGGAAGUCUGAAGACAGCGUUAAGGAGCUUCAGCCUGAAGAUGUCAAUCUGCUGACUUGCAGAGAAGAGCCCAACCCAGUGGCUUCCAUGGGUCACUCGGAGGCAGAGACGCCGGUGGAUGCCUACUCCAAUGGGCAGGCAGCACUCAUGGGUGAGAAGGAGAGAGAGAAGGAAGCAGAAAGUGGAAGUCGGUAUUGGAAGUUCAUAGACUGGUUUUGUGGCUUUAAAAGUAAAAGCCUUAGCAAGAGGAGUCUCAGAGACUUGAUGGAUGAGGAAGCUGUUUGCUUACAGAUGUUAGAAGAGACUCCACAAGUGAAAGUGAUACUAAAUACUGGACUUUUUGCUGUGUGUUCUCUUGGAAUUUUCAUGUUUGUUUAUUUCUCCUUAUGAACUUGAGGAUAUGGUGAGACGCUUAAAGGAAAAUACUGGUCUUUGAAAACAAAUGUAACUGUUGCAUCUCUCAGGAUUGUUUACGCUGAAGGUUUUAGCCAAAUUCUACUUAGCAGGAAAUCAUCUAUUUGCAAGACUAUUUUCCCAGAGAUGGAUGAAAGUAAAUCUUCAACUUAAAUGAAACAAAGCAGACUGAAUUGUGCAAAAAUUCGGUUUUAGAGUUUUCCAUACCAAAGUAAGGAGAGACCGAUUAUUCUCAUAGAUCACUUAGAGCAGAGCGUAUGUUAGGACUUCACGAGUAAAGUGUCUUGUCUACAUUGCCAAGUCUCGGUAGACCUUACGCUGAGGUAGAUGUGCUCAUUUGUAAUUUUUUGUCUCUAAUCCCUGCUAUGAGUAAAAAAAAAAAAAAAAAAAAAAAAAAAAGAACUUGUAGAGACUGUAUGAUUAGUUGUGUCCUGAAAGUCUAAUGUGUUGUGUAGUAAUUACUUCAGGACAACUUUGUUUGCUUGGUUGGUUUUGUUAGCAUGAGUCUAUGGAUUCUGCUUGCCAAAAGAAAGGAAGAAUGUUCUCCUGCAGGUCUUUUGUUCUUGUAUGUGGGAUGUUAGUGUGGGGAAGACUUUGUUCCAGUUCCCUUCAUUUUUUUCCUACUUAAACUGAACCAUACUCAAAAGGCUACCAAGUCUGUCUAUAAUUUUGUUUUUAGUGGGGAAGGGGAAGUGAAUAUAGGUAAUUGUCCCCACCUUUAUUGAUCAAAUAAAGUUUUAACAUAUAGUUUGAGUAUUAACAGCUACCAUGCAGUGCUUGAUAGUCUUAAUGCUAACUAGAUGAUGAAUCAUUUUCUGUCUGCUUUCUGUUGUCAUUUUGUAACAUCCCUUGUUAAUUAGCCAGAUGCCUUCCCAAAUGGAUCCAGUUUUAAGAAAAUGUCCUGUGUCAUGAAGGAGAACCGACACUGCUUGUGUGCUGGGUCUGGCCCUUGAUUAGCCUGUGAUACACUGAUGUUACGUGUUUAGAGGAAGGGUCCAGUUCUGAGAGCUUACUGUAUUCUUUGUAAGUUUUUUCCUGGUUUUUGUCUUUCUUGAAGAAAUGCUGUGUAUAUACAUCUGUGCUGUUGCAGUCAGUUAGUGCAUGGGUGGGUUCCAUUACAAACUAGCUGUCAGUCACAGAAAACUGCACUCUUGCUCUUUCACAGGAUGGCCAGCAUGUCCAUAGGUUGCCAUGAGCAGGAACAUCUGGGUUUAGUAGUAUGCUGUGGAGGACAUUGCAGGCCUCAUGAUACUAACCUGGUCUUGGCUUGGUUGCAACAUGUGUGGGUAGGGAUGUUUUUAUGGCCUUUUCUCCUUAGUGAGGAUGGUGCAGAAGCUUAGAGAACAGCUCCAAGGAUGGUGUCUGUAGUCUUGUAGCCAACACUGCCUGUCCUCCAUUAGAGAGGAAGAAAGCUAGUUCUGUACCUACUUUCUUUAAGCCAACAACUUUUAAAAUAACUUUUAAAAUUGCAUGAGUUUUAUUAAGCCUUGUAACUAAGGAGAAUUAGUACUUUUAUAGAUCAUUUUAUAGAUUUUCAACUAAAACUCAGUCCUGAUAGUUUUUUUUUUUUUUUUUUUUUUUUUUUAAUGCAUCAACUUGUUUGCAAAUGAUGGACUUGAUGAGUCCAACACCUGGUUUUAGGGAUCUUCAGGUACUCAAGUCUUCCUGCUUCUGGACGUUUCCUGAUGGACUGAGUCUGUAAAUUAGAGAAGUAAUCUCUGUAUGACUAGCAUGCAUUUCUGAAGAUCUUAGAGUGCCUUGUACAAUUUUUUUUUCCCAGUUUCUACUUUGAGGUUUAUAAUCUGGGGACAAGUAGGUAGGGACCAUGCUGUUCCUGAAUGGAAAGACGAGAAUCAGUUCUCCACAUCUGCACUCAAAAACACGCGUUUGCCCACGUGUGUUGGAAUGAAUGUCCAUGGUUUGUGGCAGUCUUCUCUUAAAGAAUCCUUCUGAGAUAACCUUUCAGGCUUUGAGAAACUAACAGAAUCUUGGGUUGUCCAAAUUUAUAUUAAGUUGUAAGAAUUAAUAUUUCCUUUGAAUACAUUCCUAUGCAACUUUGCAAAAACUGGUACAUUGGCUGAGUGGCCUUCCUAAUCCUCGUAUUUAUAGCAUAAGCAAAGAGGUAUUUAUGUGAAUUUCUCACUUUUAUUUAAUGUUGAGUCCUAAUGAUUUGAAACGCUAGAGUCCUCUUACCUUCUUUUUGUUGUCUUAUAGUGGGAUAUAGGAGAUACACCAUGUGUCUGUGAAUAGCAGUAGUUCGAGUUUAGAGUACUAAUGUUUAUAAAUAAUGAAUGGCUUAGCAUACCCAGUGUAAACAUCACUUUAUGUAGUCUGAAGUCCCUAAAGCUUGUCUUCCUUAUGGCUUCCCAGUAAUAGAUAAUGUGCUUGAAUAAGUAUGUGAAUUGGUGAUGGCAGCAUCAUUUCGGGGGACCAGUCAGUAGUCUACAGGUCCUUGGAAUGAUUGUUCCUGGAGUGAUGCGUGAUUCUUUUAGGCUAGCAAAUGUUCACGCCUUCCGUGCAUAGAGUCCUAAAAGACGGCUUGGGUCUGUAAACAUCUGCAUGUGUACUUUUGUGUUUGUUCAAGUUAAGGUCAGAAUUGACCAAGAUUGACACUGACCAAAUUAGUGGCUUUAAUGAGGUAGGUGAGGCUAGUGGCCUACACAAGUAGGUGAGAACUAGUUAUCCUCUGUGAGUGAUAGCCAAGAUUUUAGACAUUUUGCCUUCCCAGGCAGUUCUUUUCUGGCUCUGGAGGGGCUUUUGCCGGUGGCCUGGAGAAUGGUUUGAUGGCUCUUCUGUAGGAUGUCAGGUUUUCCUUUCAUUUCUGAAGGUUGGGUCCAGCCAUCCCAAGAAGAAGCCGUGGGGCCGAUCGCCCCUCCACCUGUUCUUUCUAGGAAGUGAUCACUGUUGUUUUCAGAGACUCAUCAAGUGAUAGCACCUGUCUCUGGCUCAAAUUCAAUGGAUCUUAUUUCCAGGGCUUCCUUUUCACUAGCUCAAAGGAUCCAUUAUCUUGCACAAAGAGGCUGGCCAGGGUAGUGCGUCCACAUCUCUUAGGGAUGUCACCAUAAGAAAUUAUCAGAACACAUCAGUGCACUUACCAGUUCUCUGAGCGUGAUGUUAAAAGUCUUGUCCAGGAUAAUUAAGAGUUUUUAAAUUCCUACACCAGGAUUCUUUCUCUGGUCGAGGUGCAUGGUCUUCUCAUCUCUUUGAAUAUCUUUUAGUGUAAGCUAUGCAUGAGUCUUACUUUCCAGCAAACAAAUAAGCUUUGUCAUUACCCAUUAAAAGAUUAGGUCUUACAGCCUCUCAUUUGACUGAUAGUACAGUACCAAGUUUGCUCUAUUCCCUAUCACACCUUCACUGAUUGGAAAGGGACCACACAGGUUUCCAGGAGUGAUACCUCCCCUCCCCAGGUGUGCAUGACAUCAUUCCUGUUGGGUUAUGUGUCUGCAGAGCCUGUUGCUGUACAGGAUUUUUAGGAAGCAAUAAUGAAAAUAAACUUUCAAGAUGUUGACAAAUAGCUAUGUAAUACAAAUAUGAACAGGUUGGUAAAGAACAAACAUUAGCUUAAAUCCUGUCCAGGCAGGGGCUGGAGAGAGGGUUAGUGGUUAAGAGCACUGCUCUUCCAGAGGACCUGAGUUCAAUUCCCAGCCCGCACGUGGCUGCUCACAACUGUCUGUAAUUCCAGUUCCAGGGUAUCUGACCCCCUCACACAGACAGACAUGGAGGCAGAACACUCUUGAAUGUGAAAUUUUUUAAAAAAUUAAAAUCUGUAGAGGCAUAAUGUCACAUUCAUUGAAUUCUAGAACUUGAAGCAUCUGGGCUGUUAGCUAGGGUAGGCCCGUCUCCAGGAAGUAAGGUCUAGCCUGGCAGCUGCUAGCUUAAUGAAUGUUAAGCACGAAGAACAAACUUGUUAGCACAGGAGAGGCUAAAGGGGCUGGUGUCUAAUAGUGAUCUAUUAAUAAAAGUCCUGCUUUUAGGCUUCAUUAUCUGUAGGAUUUCUCAUCGCCUAAGCAGAGUGCACAAGCGGUGUUCUGGGUGUCCUGCCUCACACUGCUUCUUACCGUGUCACCUGCUCUUUAUUUCAGCACUUUCCCGUUUCCUGCUUAGCACUUGGUUGAUUUCAUACUGUCCUGCUGUACAGAAGUCUUGUUUUGCCCCAGUAUUGAGAACUUAAAACCAGAUCAUGGUCCAUUAAGUUACAGUUAGGUUUAAACAUACUAAACUUGCAGUAGCUACAAAUACUAGUAAGAAUAAACGCUUUCAGAAUAAGUCUCAGAUUUAUAUUGGUUAAUAAUAAAAGCACUAGUGUUUCAGUAUUCUUACGGUCAGGAAACAGUCAAUAGUGAGUUUUCAUAGAAUUCUCUGUUGAUGACGGUGACAUGUAAUGCAGAAGGGCUGCUUUUUUGCCAUGAAGGUGUAAGUUUGAUCUCGUUGAUGUAAAGAGAAGUGCUUGUACCACUAGGUACAAGGCUGGUGCAAAAGCAGUGAUCAAGGCUGAGACAGUUCUCACCAAGACCAUCUCUUAAUUUGUAUGUUCCUGUCACACUGUCUUGAAUACUAUAGCUGCUCAGCUGCCUUGACUUCCAGGAGAGGAAUGAGCUGAGGUUCUGGGUAAGAAUGUUGUUAGUGCCAAGUCCCACUUUUAGACAUGUGUUUCAUUUGAAGUUCUCACUCUCCUGUGCUGGAAAUGAGGCUUUACUACUGACUGAGCUUUUAGCGAUGCCAUGAGAGCGAUGCCAUUCAUAUUUCUGUCUCCACUCCCUCAUAAAAGGAAAGGUUUAGUUUGAGUGUAAGCCACUCACUGUUCUGCUAACCAGCAGCUGUUGGCUGGUAGCCUUUUGCCCAGAAACAAAGGAAAAGAUGUGCUGUGUGUCAUUGCUCAUCUUGUGCACUUUACUCCUUCAUGGUGUGUCUAGCUGUGCUGAAGAUGCACUACCUCUUCUGCCAGCAGUGCUGAGGAGCCCGUGCUGGCACUGUUGCCCUCCCCCAGCCCUUCACUCCCAGGCAUGGUUCGCAAACAACAUACACAAGUUUAAUGUCCAGUUUAUCAGUACCACCCAGGCUUCUUAGGUCAUGAGUGUCAUUAGUAACGUAUGCGUGUGUGUGUGUGUGUGUGUGUGUUUAAAUUGGAAAUAAAUUGGGCCUAUUGAAAUCUUCAAAUGGUAGAUGCUGGUGUACAGUUUCCACAGCAUCAUCAAAUUUUGAGAUUUGAGUUUGGGUUGGUGCCUUCUGCUUGCCAGUAUUGAUAUGUUAGUUUGCACCUGUCCCUUUUUGAGCAGUAAACUUUCUCUGUUGUUUUUAAACUUUUAUUGUAACUAACUAGUGAAGAAAGCUAAUAGAAAGUACACAUUUAUACACUUUCAUGCCUAGUCAUUUGGUUCAAGGAAAGAAGGUAGUUUAAUAUCUAUAUUGUAGUUUAAUGUUAUUUAUUCAUCUGUAUUUGCUUUUAUAUCUGUAAUUAAGAAUUUAAAGUUACAUUUUAAUUCCAAGUAUAUUUUAACUGUAGAAUGUUCCAAUAUAGGUUUGUUAGGGACAUCUGAGAACACACAACAACAGUUUAUAUUUCCAUGUAUGAGGAGAGGUAAAGGUCCAUAGAAAGCACAAAACUGUUCACAAGUGUGUGUCUCCUUGUAAAAAGCACAAAAUCUAAUAGCAGUCUCACUAGCCCACAAGUGCCAGUCAGAAGCCCACCAAGUCUGUGUCCCAAAAUUGUAAGGAAGACCACAGCACUGAAAGCCUAGGCAGUGUGCCCGCUGUCACAGCUGAGUCCUUGGUGAUCUCACUCUGUGUUGCCUUGAUGAGGAAAGUAACGGUUGGGGGUUACUAGGGAAAAAUGAGGUCUGGAUACAGACCCACAGUCUGAAGCUAAAACAGGGACAGUCAGUUUUCUGGUGGGCAGAGCAGCCGACAGCCUUGUAAGCUGUAGUCAUUUGAACAGUUAAAAAUCUCAUCUAGAAGAAAUGUUACUUUUAGCAGUGCUCUAAAAUUCACAUUGAACAAGUGCAGAUACUGCGUUGGUUUUUAUAUGUUUUGUUUGAGGUGGCGCUACCUUUGUUUAUGUGCUUGACUGUACUUUUUAGUGGAGUUGGCUCUGUGUGGUCAGAGGUCAAGCUAGUUCUGGACAGAUCCCACAUGACAUUGCUGUUCGCAGUGGCACUAAGAAUCUUUUAACCUGUUCCGUUAGCUCCUCAAGUCUAGGUGGAUGGAAGGCUGUGGGUGCGCACACAGAAGUGAAGGUGCCACUUCUCCUCACUCAGCAUUGCCUUUCCCCUCUUGCUUUCUUUACCUCCAAGUAGCCCCGUGUUUAACGGUAAUGGAAAUGGGCCUCCUUGAGUUCUGGCCACAUUUUAAGAUACAUACAGCUCUCAGAAAAGGGAGUGCCUCCCCUUUUUGGAUACUUUUCUUCUAGGGAGAGGCUUGGUAACCUCUAACAAAGAUAAUAGAUGGUAUAGACUAGUUGUUACUUCAAAAAUAAGUUUUGGCAUGUGAUAUGUCUCAGUAGAGUUCACUUGGACACUGAUGGAGCAAUUUCUCCCUCCAGCAAAAAGCUAGGCAUGUGUACCUACCUACAGCAGGGUUUUAACAGGUGACCUUGAGGUGGUCAGGUGGGGUGGGGUGAGGGGAGCAGUGUGUGAGGAAUGUCCUUGGCUUAGCAAUAUGUGAUAGUGUAGAGCAGUUAGCGUUUUAGACCUAUAUUCUGUAUCUUUAAGAGUUUAUUACAACUUUAUGAAGUGCUUUUUAAAAUUUCUUUGGCAGAAAUGUUUUUCAUUUAUAAUUUUAUGGAAAAUUGCUUUAAUUAGACUAAGUAAAAAGUAGUCAUAGCAGUGUAAAUAUGUAUAAUUUCCUAAUUUCACUGUGAGAUCUCAGACUUUUGAGUGGCAAACAGAUCACCAAGUCUUUUGCUCAUGGACUUCUCUGUGGGCUUAUUAAGAUGUAAAAGCUUUAUUUUAUUUUAUUUUUAAUGUACAUACUACAUUGGUGUCCCAUGAUGGUAUGGAACCAUUCCUCUGCUGUCCUUGCCAUUCUUGCUUCAGUCUGUGAAGCCUGCAAAGUUCAGACCCAGCAGGGGCUCGCCUGUCCCUUGCUGGGAUGCCUUUCUUUGUCUAGAAUUGUUGGUAAUCACCAUAUGAACUGUUAGGCUUUUCUGCUUUUUUUCCCACCCUCUUUUUUGACAAGAUGAAUAUCAAAAAUAGUUGCUGUGCAAAAGUUAGUAGUCUUCUUCAAGAAGAAAACAAUUCCUUUUCUAAUAAUAUCCUGUGAAAUUGCUUCAUUCAUUCUUUCAUUUUUAAGCCAAAUGUCAGCAGAAUACUGCUGCUUUUAUCUAAGUAAUUUUGAUAUGUAAGUAUUAAUGCAUUUAAAAGAUGUCUGUGUUGAGAGCUAUUUCCCCUGGUGUACUGCCUGUGAGAGCUUUGUUCACAUUUCUGGCUAAGAGACCAGUCACUACACCAGGCUGUGUAUUAUGUACAUGUAUCAUUUUAGUUUGGUUUAACUGUAGACCAAAUUUGGUUAUAGUGGAGGUGAUGAACAUUAAUUUGUAAUUGGUUAGUGUUUAAUUAUUUCAAGUUUACUCUCUGUUGUCUUCAGCCUCUUUUCAAAUUCGACUAAUCAGGUCCAUUUCGAUUGUGUAAGGCUUUAGUUUCAAAGAAAGUAGAAUUUGGUGUAAGCCAGGUUACUUCCAUCUUGAAAGGAAAACAAAACUGUAGAUUUAAAAUUGUUAGCUAUUGGUGACAAUUCUAACUUGCCUAUACUGUAUACAACUGAUUUUUAAAAUUGUAGACAUGUAUGAUCUUGGUUUACUGUGUUAAGUGUUACUGUUGUUUAAAAAUGAAAAAUAAAAACAAACAAAUCUGCUAAAGAGCGGUCAGUUUUCAUUGCUGACUACAAAACACUCUGUUCUUUGUGUACUUGUGUUAUUUUUGCCAGCUGCUGCAUUAGCCUUCAGAAGUAUUUGAAAAUUUAAGAUAAAAUACAUUUCUUGCAAAAGUACGUUCCUUUCUGUGGUAUUUUGUCCUGUAACUGAAGUGUAGUAAUUAUUUUAUGGAAAUGUUAGAACUUCUGUACCAACUUUGAAUAAAAUGAAAAAUUUACACUU